GUUGACGCCGCCCGUAUAUCGACUACUAGCUAACCCGCCAGGCACCUGGUAUUAUCGCGUCCUAUUUUACACCUGCCACUCAGAGCGGAGUGAAUCUAGGGCCCCAUUCAAGCCCCCUGUCGUGGCUGUUAAAUCUCACUAAGCUUGUCCUCUUCGUCAAGUUUACCUCCAAUCCCACAUCCCUUUCUUAAUCUACCUAGAUAUAUCACACCCAACAGUUCCUCAGCCUUUCACAGAGUAUUGCCUUAAUCUCCAGCAGAAUGUCACACGGAUCAGAGGGUCACACAAGUCGAAAGUUUUCCAGUCUUUUCCCGGCAACGGAGGCGCCCAUGUCGCCGUUUUAUGCCAUGCUCCAGUCAGCGCCACCAGAUUAUCUACUGCAACGCGAAGAGCCGCGCGAAUACCCGCCUGCUUUUCCCGUGUACUAUUUCUUCUACGGGACACUAACAAAACCGACUCAGCUCCAGAGGAUCAUCGACCUUGAGGAUGAGCCGAAGCUUCGCAGGGCCGAGGUGAUUGGUUACGACAUCGCGAAAUGGGGCGAUUAUCCUGCCUUGGUCAAUGGGAAACAGGGCCAAGUUGUUUCGGGGUAUGCAUACCUCGUAAUGUCCGAGGAAGAGGCUCGCAAGCUGGCCGAAUAUGAGACGAGGGCAUAUAAAGUUGCGCCCUGUUGGAUAUUCUUUCAGGAUGGGGAGGAGCCGAGGGAAGAAGGUGGGAAAGUGUUUAUGUAUGCUGGUGAUGCACAGGCAUUGUUGGAGGGGAGGUUUGAUCGGGUGCUGUGGGAGAGACAGAUGGGUGGGAGAUUGGGGUGAUGGGAGUUGGUUUUGUACGGGAAACUUUGGUUUUC